AUGUCGACCUCCGUUGCCGCCGCCUCCAACGACGACUCUCGCGCUGGGCCCCUCCGCCGACUGAGCCAGUUGCGUGCCUAUACUCACGGCCAUCUUUCGCCUCAGCUUUCCUCCGCCUCCCAGCGUCUCACCCGCCAAAACACCCUGGGCAGUCGAGUGAAUCGCUUGUGCCCGGCGCCUUUCCUCACCGUCAUCGAGGACGACUCUUCCGAUUCUGACGACGCUUCGAUAGUGGAGACGACUAGCAACAACCCGGCUCCAUGCCCCGAACCUGAACAGUCCGCCCGCAAUAAUAGUUCGACCAGUUUGUCCAGCUUCCGCGGCUUACAAAUUGAGUGGCCUUUUGAGACGCGCCAUUCCGAAUCCUCGAGUUCGACUCCUUCCACCGACCUGGCCGAGAGCUUUUCGCAAGAAUCGAUGGCGCGGCUGAGAGGUUCCUCCCAGCCUUCCGAGUCUCGAGCAGACGAGGCCGCUCCCACGUCCGCUCCGGCUGAGCUGCAGAGCGCCCUGUUCGAUUCUCCUGAUCCCGUCGCAACCGAAAAUUUUCCCUCGUCCCCCAGGCCCCGGCAGAAGGCGACCAUUCGAUUUUUCCCCCACCAGGAGUCGCAGUCGAGCGCCCGACCGUCCCUGCCCUUCAUCCCUGUCUCGCGAACGCUCCCGUCCGAAAGUUGCAUUAUUAAGGUCGGCCGUUACUCCGAGCGCGAUGGCCUCCCGCAGCCCAACCCGACCGAGCCGUCCGAUGCGCCCGUGGGAUUCAAGUCCAAGGUGGUGAGUCGCCGACACUGCGAGUUCAUGUACGUCAAUGGACAGUGGCACAUCAAGGAUGUGGGCAGCUCCUCCGGCACGUUCCUGAACCACAUGCGACUGAGCCAGCCCAACAUGGCCUCGAGGCUAUACACGGUCAAAGACGGAGAUAUCGUGCAACUGGGCAUCGAUUUUCGCGGUGGCGAGGAAAUGAUUUUCCGCUGUGUCCGCAUACGGAUCGAAUGUAACCGAUCGUGGCAACAGCAGCCCAACGAGUUCAAGUAUGCGGAUUCCCCGACCGUAGAUCUUCUCAGUAACGAUGGUGCUAACAAGACGCCCAGCAAAAACACCGAGAGUCUGAUCAAGAACCUGGGGAAAGGGGAAACUGCGGAUUAUGCUGGAUGUCGAGAAUGCUCAAUCUGUUUGGGCUCGGUUCUGCGCCCCUACCAGUGUUUGUUCAUGGCAGCUUGUGCCCACGUCUGGCACUACAAAUGCAUCAUGCGCCUGAUUCACACGCCCGACUACCCCAUGUUCCAGUGUCCCAAUUGUCGCGCCUAUACGGAUCUCAGCGCCGAAGUCGAUGAUUCGAAUGAUUUCGAGGCAGAGGACACUGAGCAGAAGAGUUCUGCGGCGGAGGAAAAGCCUUCGUCUUCUUCCGAAGAGAUUCGAACGGAAACACACUCUACUCCCUCCGGAGGCAACCAUGUCACCAACACUUCCCUGAGCUCGGUCGAUGAAGCAUUGGAUGGCUUGCCCUCCGAAGCAGGUCUCGCCGCCAAUAUUGAAAGCAUGCGUCUACAGGACUCGGAGGCUGCAAGAGAGACUGCUCGCGAGUCGGACCAUCCUACUUCCUCGAACCUUGAGACCGUUCCCACCCAUACUAGUUCUGAUAUUCCCGGCUGGCAGGCUGUGGGCCAAACCUCUGCCCCUAUUCAAUGCCGACAAGCCCAGCUUCGCUCGGACACGCCUGUUCGCUCUGAAUCGUCUGAGGAUAAUCCCUUGACGCCACAGAACGACUCCGGACCAUUGGCAUUCGAUGGUCGAGCUAGCAUGUCAGAAACAUGA